CUCAGGCCAUUUUGUUCUUGCUCAAAUUAUUCUUGGGAUUCUCGAUGGUAAUUGCUGCAUUUAUGAUAUCUGGUUAUGGAAUUCUGAAGGGUCUAAUCGCAGUGCUAGUGCUAUCAAUAAUCCUAGGCUUCUACGAUAUCGUCAUGAAACCUACUCUGUUCAGAAGGAGAUUCAGCAAAUAUCCGAAUGUCUAUGUGAGGCCUACUUUCACAUUUCUUGUUGGAGAUUUUGACAAAGCCAUUGAAGACGAAACUUCAAAUAGAAUUUACUAUCAGCAUAUCAAAGAAGAGGCAGCUCUCAGAAAUAAGUAUGACUUGAAAGUGGACAUUGAAGGAAAAGUUCUGACUUUGAGCCUAAUCUCCGAUAGAGCAAUGAGAGAAUAUGUGGCUCUUUCUCCAAAUAAGAUUGACAAAUUCAGGUGGCUAAAGGGGCCAAUGAAGAUUGAGAUUGGAUCCAUCUCUGUGGAGGGGACGAGUACUGAAAUUCUUAAUCGUAGGAAAUAUCUCUCAAGUCUAUUGGGUUUAAAUGCUGGGUCUAAAUAUAUUCCUCAAAUGCUCAGUUGUUGUGAAGAAUAUGUUCAGAAAUUAAAAACAAAAGGGAAAGUACAAUUUAUGGAUGAAAUGCUAACAUUUGCUUUCUAUACUCUUGCUUGAAUUUUGUUUGGAAGUGACAUAAAAUUACUAAUGGGCAAGAAGCAUUCAUUUAAAAAUGAAGAUGGUACAAUUGAAGAGUUGACACUUUUGGAAUAUUUCUGUAAAAUUGAACAAGCCUUUAUGAAGGAGUUUACAAAUCCAAUAACAGGGCUGUUACCCAUUAUCAGUGAUCUUAACUUGAUCGAUCCAUUCAAAACAAAUCAAAGAAACUUUCAGAUCUAUAGGAAGGCUCUAAAUGAGAUGCUUGCUCAAUCUAAAGACAACGAAUCAAUUUGGGCCCAACUUAAGAACAAGGACGAUUAUGAUCAAGAUAAGAUUAGAUGAGACCUCCAGAUGUAUGUAUUUGCUGGAGCUGAGAGUAUUUCUCAUAACAUUGUAUCUGCUCUAUACUUUUUGAAAAAGUUCCCAGAUUCUUAUGCAAAGCUUAAGAAAGAACUUAAUGAUCAUGGGAUCCACAAAGGUGCAGACUUCAACAAGGUCCUCACUAUCGACAAACUCGAUGAACUCGAGUACUUGAGCUGUGUGGUCAAAGAAGCUCUAAGGUUCGAUCCUCCUUUUCCACAAGGCUACUUCUACACAGCCAAAGAAGACAUCACUUUGUGCGACGUUCCAAUUCCAAAAGGAACCAUUAUGAAGCACGACUACUUGUCAGGCAGCUUCAACGAGAAGAGUUACUUAAGACCAAUGGAGUUCAUCCCAGAUAGGUUCAACCCGGAGUCUGAGUUCUACCAAGAAUCAGUCAAGAGCGGAGUCUCUCCAGAACCUUACUCCAAGAGAUUCUUUGGAAUGGGUACGAGAAGAUGUCCAGGGCAAUCUUUUGGUGUACUACAAUGCAAACUAAUCAUUGCUUACCUAGUAUCCAGCAUGGAUUAUGAGGUAGACUCAGAUUUAUUGUCUAAUGAUUAUGCAGGCUUUGGGCUAGGAGGAAAUUUCACCCCUUACUUUACAAUUACAUAAAGAUU